AUGCCCCCCACCAGAAGACGGGCCGCCAACCCCCCGGCAGCUGAUCCACCUCUGGACGGCUGCGCGAUUGCUGUCAGCGGCAAGUUUGAGGAAAUCGGCCACAGCCAUUCUUCGCUUGAAGCUCUCAUUCGCAAACAUGGCGGAACGCUUACCAGAAGUGUCACAAAGGCCACGACCCAUGUUGUGUCCACUGACCAUGACUUCAAUUCAAACAGCAGCAAAGUCACGGCUGCUCGUACAAAAGGCAUUCCUAUUUUGGACCCGUCCUGGCUCAUUGACACCGAUGACAAGGGUGCUAAGCUGAACGCGGAUGACUACAGCUGGUCUUCUGCUUCCAAGAGCAACGGCACUGCUAAGACUACCGCCAACGACAAGUCCAAGAAGCGGUCUCCCCCAACUGUUGACGACGAUGAAGAGGAUAGCCAGCCGAGAGCCAAGCGCGCAAGAAGCACUAGCGUUGCUCCCCAGUCCAAGGCCAAGCCCAAAACUACUAAGAAGGGCACAAAAGCAAAGACUGCUGUAAAGGACGAAUCUGAGGUGGAAGAGGAAGAUGAGCCCAAAACCAAGGCUAAACCCAAGGCUGCUGCCAAAAAGGGUGCCAAGAGCAAGGCCGCCGUUAAGGACGAGCCUGAAGAGGCCCCUGAAGAGGAGAAGGUCGUCGCUGAAGGCCAGUUCAUGAAGAGAAAGGAUGUCGUCAUUCCCCUUGACGAGCAUUGCACUCUUCCCACAUACCAGGUUUAUGUCGAUCCUGACACUGGCCUCAUUUAUGACGCUUCACUGAACCAGGCCAACUCCUCUGCCAACAACAACAAAUUCUAUCGCAUCCAGGUGCUCAAAGAUCCCAAGUCCGCAACUUUCAAGACGUGGACUCGAUGGGGCCGCGUUGGCGAAAUGGGCCAAAAGGCUGUUCUCGGCGGCGGAAACCUUGAUGAUGCCAUCAAGCAGUUCCAGAAGAAGUUCAAGGACAAGUCAGGUCUCGCUUGGGAUAACCGCACGGACAACCCCAAGCCUGGCAAAUAUGCUUUUGUCGAGCGCAGUUACAAUCCCGAUUCUGACGACGAUGAUGAUGAGGAUGACAAGAAGGCUGUCAAAAAGGAGGAUGGCGAGGAAGAGGACAAGGCACCCCCUCCUGAAUGCACUCUAGAGAAGCCCGUCAAGGAGCUGAUGGAACUCAUCUUCAAUCAGAGUUACUUCCAACAGGCAAUGACCUCUCUCAACUAUGAUGCUAAUAAGCUACCCUUGGGCAAAUUAAGCAAGACAACCAUUACUCGUGGUUUUCAGCAACUCAAGGACCUUGCUGCUUUGAUGGACAACCCCAACCUUGCCUCGUCCAAGUACGACCUGUCUGUAGCUGCUGCUACUGAGCACCUUUCCAACACCUACUAUUCCUUCAUCCCUCACGAUUUUGGCCGAGGCCGACCACCCAUUAUCCGUGACAACGACUCGCUCAAGAAAGAAAUAGAGCUUCUUGAGAGCUUGUCGGAUAUGAAGGACGCAGCCGACAUCAUGAAGAUUGAUCGCAAGUCGAGAGAUACUGUCCAUCCUCUUGAUCGCCAAUUCCAGGGUCUCGGCCUUGAGGAGAUGACUCCUCUCGACCACAACAGCACCGAGUUCAGCCACCUCAAGGACUAUCUCGUUGAGUCUCGCGGUUCUACUCACAACGUAAACUACGAGGUCAAGGACAUCUUCCGCAUUGAGCGUGAGGGUGAGUUCAAGCGAUUCGACAACUCCGAGUUUUCCAAGAUCUCGUCUGACCGUCGCCUUCUGUGGCAUGGAUCUCGAGUGACAAACUACGGUGGUAUUCUUAGUCAGGGCCUUCGCAUCGCCCCUCCAGAGGCUCCUGUGUCUGGUUAUAUGUUUGGCAAGGGUAUCUAUUUGGCCGAUAUGUCCUCCAAAUCAGCCGGCUACUGCUGCUCCUACAAUUCCGGGGGCGAGGCCUUGCUUCUCCUUUGUGAAGCUGAACUUGGAGACCCCUGCCAAAAGCUCACGCAGGCUAGCUAUAACGCAGGUAGCGAUGCAAAGAAGCAAGGCAUGCACAGUACAUGGGGUCAAGGAAGAACGGGACCCAGCAAGUGGAUCGACGCUGGUGUUGUACACGAGAGUCUCAAGGGUAUCAAAAUACCCGACCCCAAUGUCAAGCCUGGCAAUACCAAUGUCCAAAACGCAUCAUUGUACUACAACGAAUUCAUCUGCUACGAUGUUGCCCAAGUCAAGUUGCGUUACUUGCUCCGUGUCAAGGUCUAG